CUUCGAUAGAUGAGCAAUGGCAUAAAUCUCUACCCCUUUCUCACUCUGAAUUGCAGGACAUACUUAGUACUGUACCAAGUCUGCAAGGCAGCGAUAUCACCACCAUUAUUCCUCGACAGAUGCAAUGCCAGCAGCUGUAUAAGUCACACCCAACUAAAAUAACUCCGAUAGAGCCCACCCCACCGCCCCACACACAUCUCCCCAAAUGGAACCCGCCUCCCUGUCCGGCCCAUGAUUUGAUCUCCCGACUCUAAGAAUCCCGGCACCGACCGAUAAGGUAUAAGAAUCCCCCCUCUCCCGCAUUCUCCUCUCCUCCUCAUCAACCCAUCGCUUCGGCGAACAAGCUACCCCCCCUUCUUUCUUCUCUCCCUCCGGUCUUCCGGGUCCGUGACCCGGGUCCUAAGUAUACAAGGAUGGCAGGCAAACCGCUUAAUCAAUUUCACCAUUCCCCCCAUUACCCCGACUACUAUUACUCCGACCUCCAUCCCUAUCUCGAUCUUUCUCUCGUGCCUCCUGCAACGGCCUUCCCUCCCGUUGAAUUUGACCCAUCUUUCUUCGCGACCGAUCAUCUCGAUCAAAGCUACUACCCCGAUCCCACUACCACCACCACCACUACCAACAACCACUUGGACUUGAACUUCGACUUUGACUUCGACAUCAACACCCUGGGCGACCUCGCAGACCCCGUAUCAGACUCCGCGAUCAACUCCUUGCUCAGCUCCCCGGAUAGUCUCAGUGAAUCCUACCUCUUCGAAUCGCCAAGCGUGCAGUCUCUACCUGACCCGCAAAUCCAAACCCCACCCCCACUCUCACAGCCACAGCAACAACCCCAGCAGCAAAUGCCCGCCGUGACGACGGACCGCCCCUCGACCAAACCAACCUUCACCGUCACCCGGGUGGCCACCACCACCAAAGAACCGCCCAGCAAAGUGAGCAAGCGGCAGCUGAACACGCUCGCGGCGCGGCGGUACCGACAGCGCAAGCUGGACCGGGUGAACGAGCUGGAGGCGGAGCUGGCGGCCGUGAAGCGGGAGCGGGACGAGCUGCGGAUGCGCGUGAGCAAGUUGGAGGGGGAGACGGAGGCGUUGCGGGGGAUGGUGGGGAAGAAGUAG